AUGUCGCAGAUCCUACCACGGUUGGUGCAGCAGACAAUGCAAGUUCUCAGAGAAAGAUACGUUUUCAGCAAAGCAAAUGGAACUGUUGAAAUGACCGGCCCCAUACUCAGCGACAUAUUCAUGUCCAAACGUUCCCUGCUGAGUUACGUAGAUCUGAAAGUUAUUUUGAAUCGAAGCAGCGACGAGUUCUGUUUGAUGGCCUCCGAGGACGGUGCCGAUUACCGGGUGAAACUCACCGAUGCUUAUCUCAAGAUACGUAAAGUGAAAGUCAACCCGAGCAUUUCCGUGGCCCAUGAAAUCGCGUUGAAAAAGGAACCGACCAUCUAUCCUAUUCCUCGCGUCGAAUGCAAGAACUUCAUCGUUUCUGCAGGAAAUCCCUCUCUGAGGAAAGAUAACCUUUUCAAUGGACUGGUGCCGAAAACGUUUGUCUUCGGAUUAGUUCAAAGCAAAGUGUUUAACGGUGCUCUGAAAAGGAAUCCGUACAAUUUUCAACAUUUCAGCGUGUCUUCCAUUGGAAUAACAAUCAACGGAGAAGAAAUGCCUUUUAAACCCUUGCAGCUUUCCUAUGGUGCGGCACCUAAAUACAUCGAAGCAUUCAGCACCCUGUUUUCUGGUACAGGGAGAAUGUACUGCCGCACAGGAAACGAUAUAUCUCGAGAAGGAUUCCUUGACAGUUACGGACAUGCGCCCGAGUACUACAGGAAAUCGUUUGGAGACCUUUUAAAGUCUCACGCAUGGGAUUUUAAUAGACGUAAAUUGCAGAGUGCUUUGUCGAAUGUAUGUGACCACAGAGCAAGAGGUCAGAGCAUGAGUAAUAUCGUACAUUUAUUUAACAAUGAUACAAUUUUAAAUGACACAAAAGUAUCCCAGUUUGUUAACAGGCAUUUCAAGGUAUUGUUAAAACAUUCCAAAGUUAACCUUAAUCAGUUCAGUAAAAAGAUGUUUUGAAUAAAAUUGUUGUAAAAAAGUAUAGUGUAUUUUUAUCCUGCGCAUGCGCACAAAAUCUCAUCCCACAUGCGAACCGCAUAUGUUAAUGAAUGUGCAUAAAAAUACUCCUACAAGGAACCGUCAUCAAUACAAAAUUGGUUUUAAAACAUUUUUAUUAAUGCAUGCAAAGAGUUACAACAUUUUAAUAAUUAACCUAUUUUUGGGAUUUCGCCGUCUGUUUUCUUAUAAAGUUACGGAAUAUUCCGCGGGACUUACACGCGGUGAUACUGACAGUGGUUGCCCCGGAGGUGUCUGGAAAACAACUAGUUCAUCCAUUUCAACUUCCUUCCAUAUUUCCGUGUUUCUUGCAAUAUCAUUGGGCAUAUUAAUCUUUGACAAUCCGCGAAAACUUAGGAUUAAAAUUCUUACGUGCCCGCAUGGAAUCACUGACCAAAUCCGAUAUAUUUGAAUCAGGAAUCUCUUUACCAUCCACUUCAACUUGCCCGGAUUCAUCCCAGGCAAAAACGUCGGAUCUUGCUUUCACACAAUUCAAAAGAGUUGCUGCUUUCGGGCGCAGAGUUACAGGUAAAUGACCGAUCACGUCCGCGUCAGAUAAAGAUGCUUUCUCUUUGGACUUCUAUUCCGCAUUCUGUGCAAUCCGGACAGUAGGUGUUUGAUCGUCCUUCUGUAGCCUCAAACUCAGAUAACUUUCCAUAUUCGCAUUGUACAUUUUCUCUUUCUCGACAUCGGACAUGUCUGUACUCUGAAGAAUCUCUGACAACGCCGUAUCCUGAUGCAUCAUAUUAGAUCUAAUUGGGGAAGUUUCAAUCUUUUGUUUCCGCUCAUGACGAUUAAGCACGUCCUCCGGGACCAAUACCAUGCGUUUCGCAUGCAUCAUACUAACAAACUUCCGAGUACACUCACCACUGACGGCCGGUGACCGUUCUUGACUUAACUAACAGCGUUGAAUCUCAACAAAUCAAGCUCGAAUAUAAACUCUCCGAAGUCUACUUUAUGUUUAAAGAGUUUAUAGAAUGCAGUAGCGAUGGAAAGGUGAAAUGGCUGGGCAAUUUGAAUGAUUUAAAAGCGUUUAUGUCCGCGCUAUUCGGCGAUGUCGGCAAGUGGAGUUCGCCUGGUGGCGGUGCUAAAUCAUAUCGGAAUGAUUUAAUAUCUAUUAACUGGUAUAUACACAAGAAAGCACUAAUCUUCCAUGAUCAACUAGGAAUUGUAUUAAAGAACAAACUAAUUGAUCUGAGUGUAAAUAAAAUAUCAGAUCCUGACAAAUACAAUCAAUUAAACGAUCCAGAAGGUGACAAAGAUUGCAUGGUUUGCAGUCGUUUCUCGUUAGAUGUGAUGGAAAUAAAGUCAGACCUCAAACAAAUGAGUACAUUAAUGAAACAUUUUUAUCGCGAAUCUACUCCAGCCAAGCGCUGUUCCACCGAUCAUCUUUCUAGUGUAAAUACAUGUGAAGUGGGCAUUCAGACGGAUAUCGAAUUCACUCAAUAUCCUAACCAGAGCGGAGAGCGUUGUGCAAGCAGGUGUAAUGGAUUGUCGACUGAAUUCGAGGGCUUAAAACUCGAUUUGGUGAUCUCCGAGUCGAAGAUUGAUAACAAAAUUCGAAUCAAUGUCGAUGCAAUAAAUCAAGUUCAGGCAGAAUUCGCCAUUAUUCAAAAAUCAGCUCGGCGAAGUUGUUCAACAGGUCGAACGCUUAGUUAA